UGAAUACCUUCAUCGAGUAUUUACACGGCACAUAAGACCUCUCUCAUUUGUACCCGAUUUGUCUGCUUAAAGUCCAGCCCCCCCGCCCCCUCUCUCUGUGCCCGGAAUCCGUUACUAACAGCCAGCGGACUUAAAUAUGAGAUCUCGUCAGCUGAGCCAAGGAAGUUCCCGCGCACGGCUAAUGCUGGUGGUCGGAUUCAUGACCCAAUCACUGACGAUAAGUGACGGAGAGAUUCGCUACUUAUGGAUUUAUGGGCCCCCUCAAGUUCAGGAGGGUUUUGGAGGAGGAUUUACUCUCUUUUCUAUUGGCAGCGAGUGCCUAAUCCAAGUCUUGGAAGGAGUGAGGACGUUGUGAGCUUCAGUAGAGCGUGGCUGAAGUGUGUCAGUCCUAUAAUGUCAUGUUUGGAGAGCUCUCAUGGCUUCGAAAUGCACCGUCGGUCACGUGAUUACCUAAGCCUCCCUUUCACAUUCCAGUACGGAUUCAUGCUUAUCGUUAGCAAGAAGCCUGGGUAUUUUGUAAACAGACCUGCGGAUCUUUCUC